UUGUUAAACUAAUUAAUCACAUGGAUUGGACAGCCCUCCGCGGAGACGCGUGGUCUAGUCUCGUGCUGAUCUUUUUUAGUCGGCAAUCUGACGUGUAGCAAUUAAGCCUUUCCCUACGAUAAAACCCCGCCAUUUCAUCCUGAUCCCUGUUCACACUUUACACUCCCUGCUCAUUCCAAUAGAUUGGUAGUUCGAUCGGUCAAGCUCUCUCCCCCGUUUCCAUUUUCAGGUAUGGCAUCUUCUGAUAAGCCAGAAGUCCUUGAUAGAGAUGUAAAGGAGAAAGAUCUCAAGAAGGAUGACAAAGAUGAAGAGAAGGAGGGUGGAUUUAUGGACAAGGUAAAGGACUUCAUUCAUGAUAUUGGUGAAAAGAUUGAGGAAGCAAUUGGUUUUGGUAAGCCAACUGCAGAUGUUACUGGGAUUCACAUUCCUUCAAUCAAUCUAGAAAAGGCAGAGCUUGUUGUUGAUGUGCUUGUUAAGAAUCCCAACCCUAUUCCAAUCCCUCUCAUUGACAUCAACUACUUAAUUGAGAGUGAUGGACGGAAACUUGUUUCAGGGUUAAUUCCAGAUGCUGGAACUAUUCAUGCACAUGGCGAAGAAACGGUCAAAAUACCAGUUACUUUGAUUUAUGCGGACAUAAAAAACACAUAUGAUGACAUUAAGCCUGGAAGUAUCAUUCCUUACAGGGUUAAGGUUGACCUUAUUGUUGAUGUUCCAGUUAUUGGAAGGAUAACUCUGCCCCUUGAGAAAACUGGAGAGAUUCCAAUUCCUUACAAGCCUGAUGUUGAUAUUGAGAAAAUACACUUUGAGAGGUUUUCCUUCGAAGAAACUGUGGCAGUGCUUCACUUGAAGUUAGAAAAUAUGAAUGAUUUUGACUUGGGCCUCAAUGCAUUGGACUAUGAGGUUUGGCUAGCUGAUGUGAGCAUUGGAGGUGCUGAACUGUCCAAAUCUACAAAACUUGAGAAAAAUGGAAUUAGUCACAUUGAUGUUCCUAUUACCUUCAGGCCUAAAGAUUUUGGCUCUGCACUUUGGGACAUGAUCAGAGGAAGAGGCACAGGUUACACUAUAAAAGGAAAUAUUAAUGUGGAUACUCCUUUUGGGGCAAUGAAGUUGCCCAUCAGCAAGGAGGGUGGUACAACCCGCCUCAAGAAAAACAAAGAAGAUGGUGGUGAUGAUGAUGACGAUGAGGAUUAAAGAACGGUGUCUUGAAGAGUGCUCUAUCCAUGUAGCAGUUCUUGAGCUAUCGUGUAGAUGUUCAGUACAAUAAUAUAUUAAUAGUCUCUGGAAGGUAUUACUUUAUGUUGGAUAUGGUCCGAAGCUGUUUAAACAGGUCAAAUUGGUAUCUUCAAUUUGUGCAUUUGCAUGUGUUGUUGUUGUUGGCAUUGCAAUGUAGCAAUUAUUUUCAUUACAUAGCCUGUAUUUUUCAGCCAGUUUUCAAACUUUGAUAUUUAUCUCUGAUUGGUUAUGUAUUUUAUUCUUCAGAUUUCAGGGUUUGUUGCUUCAGUUUGUGGUAUUGUGAGCACUAGAGUAACUAGACAAGUUGGAUGUUUAUUUUCUGAAAGCUUGUUCUUGUUUCCUUUCCAUUGAGUUUGCAAAGCUGUGAAACAUUGAUACACGUUCAUUAUGGAAAUGAGCACUUAACCAA